AUGAUGCCUGCAGUAAUCUAUUUUAACCUUACACCAAGGCUUAUUCCUCCUGUGUUCAGAGAGGAGGUCUUUCUGCCUCUGAAUUCCCGGGUUGCCUCAAAGCAGACCUCUGUUGCCUCUGAGCAGGACCACAGAUUGUUUAACAAAUCCUAGUUGUUUGCAACCUCGUGCUUUUUAAAAAAUUUCUUCUUUUAAUGAACAGAACAGGCUCAAGCCAUCAGAAACUUGACUGUCUCAUGAUCCAGGCCUGCUAUGCACAGGACAAUCUCCUGGCAGCGCUGGCAAGUGCAGUCCUGACAGGCAACCCAAGGGCUUUAAUGCUCCAGGAAUGCACAAGUCUGCAGAACUGAGCUUCUGCAAUGCCACCAGCUUCGUGUCCCACACGGGUGAGCAGGCGUGUGGUGUAUACCUCUUCUUCUUUCGCCAUGCCUAGCACCGGAAAUGACUUCGUGAGGAUACUUAUGAAGUCCAGGAAUCUAGGAUUUGAGCGGCUCUUGGAAAGAAAGGCAAAGGACAGCUUCGUACACAGGUCACGCCUGCGCAAACUGACCAGCAGGUGUCAGUGACCCUGCUUUGUUUCCAGCUGACCGAACUGCUGGCUUCCGGCUGGGCUCCACGGCCCGGCUCCACCCCCAUGGCCCGGCCCCGCCCCUACGCCGCCGUGACGGAAGCGCGCCAGGGUGACCUCACCGUCCAACAUGGCGGCGGCGGUAGAUUAGGUUCGCGGGUCGAAGCAGCCACUGCCGCUCCUGCACCCCGUCGGAAGCACCUGCUGCUGCCGCCGUCUCCUUCGUCCCUUCUGGGGCAGGGUUGGAGCCAGAUUUCCAACGUCCCUGAUAGACCUCCUGGGAGCUCCUUCAGCCACUCAAUGGCGUCCUCCACGACUGUGCCUCUAGGAUUUCACUAUGAAACAAAGUUUGUCGUUCUCAGCUACUUGGGACUUCUCUCUCAGGAGAAGCAGCAAGGUCCCUCGCCCCAAGUUAUAAUACCUCAGUCUCCCAAAUGCUGGGAUUAUAGGCAUGAGCUGCCACUGAAGACAGGAGUUCAACUAGAUGUCGCUCCACAGUCUCUGAAUCCAGAAGUUUUGUUAAAACUUAAAUCUGAGAUUGAGGAAGAACUGAAAUCCUUGGACAAAGAAGUCGCUGAAGCCUUCACCAGCACAGGCUUUGACUAUCACACCUCGCCAGUGUUUAGCCCCGCUGACCCAGAAAGCUCCAUAGAAGACUGCUUGGCCCAUCUUGGAGAACGGGUGUCCCAGGAUCUGAAAGAGCCUUUGCAGGAAGCAUUGCAGACGAUCCUCAGCCAGCCAGUGACAUAUGAGGCAUAUCGUGAGUGUACAGUGGAGACUGCAGUCCAUGCCAGCGGAUGGAACAAGCUUUUGGUGCCUCUAGUUUUGCUGCAACAAAUGCUCUUAGAACUGACGCGACGCGGCCAAGAGCCUUUGAGUGUGCUGCUCCAGUUUGGUGUGACGUACCUGGAGGACCACGCGGCGGAGUUCAUCAUUCAGCAAGGUGGCUGGGGAACUGUCUUUAGUCUUGAGUCUGAGGAGGAGGAAUACCCUGGAAUCAUUGCAGAAGAUAGCAAUGACAUUUAUAUACUGCCCAGUGACAACUCCGGACAAGUUAGUCCCCCCGAGUCUCCCACAGUGACAACGUCUUGGCAGUCGGAGAGCCUGCCCGUCUCGCUGUCUGCAAGCCAGAGUUGGCACACAGAAAGCCUCCCGGUGUCCCUCGGGCCCGAGUCCUGGCAGCAGAUUGCGAUGGAUCCUGAAGAAGUGAAGAGCUUAGACAGCAGCGGGCCUGGGGAGAAGAGUGAGAACAACUCGUCUAACUCUGACAUUGUGCAUGUGGAGAAGGAGGAGGUACCAGAGGAGGCGUUCCCGGGAGCCGCUGUUCCCUUGCUCCCACACGUCCCUACCAUGGAAGCCUCAGAAAUGAUGAGAGUUGAGAAAACCAGCCCCACUCCGUCUGUGUUUGUGGAGCUUGGUGAGGAAGAGUUGGAAGCAGUAACAGUGAGACCCGAUGCUGUGGAGAGGGUGGAGGGGGCGCCUCAGCUGAGUGAGGAGGGGGCUGGGAGCAGGAAGAAGAGCCACACUGGGGAGGCUGCCGCUGUCAGGGGGGCAAGGAGUGGCCUGCCCGCCGAGGGCAAGGCCGUCCUGCUCUUUGGAGGGGCUGCGGCGGUGGCCAUCCUGGCAGUGGCCGUUGGAGUUGCACUGGCUUUAAGAAAGAAGUAACAGUCUUUUCAGAUGAGAGAGGACAAAAAGACCUACGGCUUUAGUUGAUUCACUGGAACUUAGACUGCCAGCAACGGCGGACAUUACAGGACACUGGGGGGACUGGGCUUUCGGCUCAGCGUGGCAAUGACUUGAGACAGUGUUCACAGUGGCCUGGUUGUCAUUUUAAGGGCCUUGGUUCAUGCUCGAUUCAGAAGGACAAGAGUGAUGGUCCACCUCCAUCAGGUUAGUCGACUUGGGCACCAUGGCCUUUCAGUAAUUCUCUGUAAGAGGCUGCCCUGUGCAUUAUGUGACGAUCGGCAACAUCCCUGCCUUCUCCCCACCAGAUGCCAUUGGCACUCACUCUCGGUGACGGUAGCCAAAACUGUCUCCUACAUUGCCAAAUGUCCCCUGUGGACAAAGUCAUCUCCCUUUUGAGGGCCACUGCUUUAAGGGAUGGGGUUCAAUUAGGAGAAUCUGGGGGAGGAACCUGCAGCUGGGACGGCCAGCUGUGCAUCCUGUUGCAGCUGGAACUGCCAGCUGUGCAUCCUGUUGCAGUUUCUCAGGACUGGUGAGCUGACUGCUCUGUGGCUGUUGUUUUCCGGUCUCCAUUCUGUAGUGUGAGGUGCUCCCCCGCACCACCCCGACUCUCAGGUACUGCAGCCGCGCAGUGUGUCACCCUGUACCUCUUCCACACCCAGCAAGCUCCUGAAGCUUCCCACGGCUCCAUCUUUCAAAGAUGAUGCCUUUAGGGACCUUUUAAAUGAUACACGGUGCAGGGGUGGUGGCACCGCCUGUAAUCUGUGCAUUUAGAAAGCAGAGGCAAGAGAUUAUCCCAAGUUCAAAGCUAACCUGGUAUACAUACUGAGACCAUCCGGGACUGUAUGGUGAAACCUUGUCCCCAAAAAGGGGAUAAAUCCACUGAAGCUGUGUAGGAGACUUAGGGUUCCCUGGUCUGAUUGCCAGUGCGGGUAUGGGCUGCAGUCAUUGGUCUUAGUGGCAGGAAGGUGGUCAACGUGACUCGUCAAGGUCUAUUUGACCUCUUACAAGUAUAGCCAGCCAGCCACCCCACGUGCCUAUGAUUUAGCAGUGACCCCUCUGAUGGGGCGGCAUAUGCGCCAUCUAGAACCUGGAUUAGUUUGCCGCCCACUACCUGUUCUUGGGCAUUGGAAUAUCAUCAGCUUCUCUGUGGGUCUCUGCAUGUAGAAAGCAGUGUCAUCCUUUGGCUUACAGAAUCAGUUGGGUCAUAACCCUUUUUCAAUGUAAAUCAUGAAAUAAAUGAUAAAAUUUUAUCAUUUAUUAUUAGAUAUCACUUAAAUGAAAAGUGGGACAGAAACUUGAAUUUAAGACCAAGACUGCUGCUGAGUUCUGGUGUGGUCCUCAGCGUUCAAGAGACGACUUGGCCUGAGCUCAGCCCAGCACCAGGGCAGCAGACCCAGAGGACCCACGCGCUCACUGUAGCUGUGGCGCUCAGCAGAAUCUUGUGUCACCUAGCUGACCCCAUCCCUCAAGGAGGGGUGGGCCCGUCUCUCUAAUGCCCGAGGGCACAGUGCCGUCUGCAAGGCACCCAUGCUUGAUAAGAAGUCAUCUCAGAUUUAUCUUAGUCAUGUAACAUUACUUCUUAGAUCCUGAAAUUUAUAAUAAAAAUACUUUUGACUACUCUAA